AUGGCCCAGAAACUUCUCAGCAGCACUGUUCAUGAUGAGCGAGACCUGGAGGCAGCCCAGAGGUCCACGCUGAUUGAACAGGGGCGGGACUCGUACGUGGUGUCCUUGGACGUCGAGCAGAGGCGGUCCCCAAGCCCAGUGUUGAUGGAGUGGCUUGGUCCUCCCAGCUGCUUACAGUUCAUGAACCACCGGGUUCCCGCCCACAAGAGGUACCAGCCCACGGAGUAUGAGCAUGCUGCCAACUGUGCCACCCACGCUCUCUGGAUCAUCCCCAGCAUCCUCGGCAGCUCCAACCUCUACUUCCUGUCGGAUGACGACUGGGAGGCCAUCUCCGCCUGGAUCUACGGCCUCGGGCUCUGCGGGCUCUUCGUGGUGUCCACCGUGUUCCACACCAUCUCCUGGAAGAAGAGCCACCUCAGGACGGUAGAGCACUGUCUGCACAUGUCGGACCGCAUGGUCAUCUAUUUCUUCAUAGCGGCCUCCUACGCGCCCUGGCUGAACCUCCGCGAGCUGGGCCCCUGGGCCUCCCACAUGCGAUGGCUGGUCUGGAUCAUGGCCUCGGUCGGCACGGUCUAUGUCUUCUUCUUUCAUGAGCGGUACAAGCUCGUGGAGCUGCUCUGCUACGUCAUCAUGGGCUUCUUCCCCGCCCUGGUCGUCCUUUCCAUGCCUGACACCGAGGGCAUCUGGGAGCUGGUGGCUGGAGGGGUCCUCUACUGCUUGGGCAUGGUGUUCUUCAAGAGCGACGGGAGGAUCCCCUUUGCCCAUGCCAUCUGGCAUCUCUUUGUGGCAUUCGGUGCUGGCACCCACUACUAUGCCAUCUGGAGGUACUUGUAUCUGCCCAGCACCCUGCAGGCCAGGGUGUCCAAGUGA